CCCAUCGCGACUUUCGUAAAAGACUUUUCCUAUCAUAGUCAAUCAAAACCCAAACUAUAAUAUACCAUUCGAUAGAGAAUUUCAAGAGCUACAAAAUGAUAUAUAAAACAUAAAGAAACAAGAAGGUUGACUUACCUAUGACAAGGAUAAUUAAAGAGAACUAGGUUAUAUUUUGGUCUACGAUCUAAUUGAUCCAGAAAUCGAGCUUUAUCUUCCGAUCACACUAAUGAUACUUCGAGGUUUUCAGAUAUGGAGAACUCGAAUGUAAACUGCACCUCCAUCGAAAUACUAUUAGUUGUGCCGUGACCAAUAGAAAGGAAGUUAUAGGAAAAACGACUUUGGUAGGGUAAAUCAAGGGAAAGAAUUCAAACUUGAGGUGUAUUUCGGUCCCAUGUCCUAUUGGUUUAUCAACGCGCAAUAGGAAUCAAUAUUUUAAAUGGUAGAUUUCCCAGUAUAAUUUUGAUAUUUCGACAGUCUAGGAUGAUUGAUUUGUAUGAUUCACUUUUUGAAGUACAAAUAACUCUCGGAUUUAAAUCGGAAGUUUCCGCAUUUAUUGAAGAAGAAUGUCGACUAGAAAAAAAAACCAAUAGAAAAUGUGAUAAACACUAUUGUUCAACUAUCACUAAGUAUUUCAAUUUCUAGAAACAAAAUAGAUUUGUGUAAUGAAAGGGAAACAUUUGUUGUUUCUUACUGAUCCUCAACAUUGACGUUUGUAUUGUUCAAAAAAUACAUAAUAUACAUUCAUGUUUCAAUAGUAAAAUAUUUGAGAUUUUAGAAAAUAUUAUAUUUUAGAUAUUAGACAUAGAUUCUGUGCAUGGGCGGCGCAGCUUCCACUUUUUAGGGGAAGCAAUAAGGUUUUAAAUAAGACUAUACAUUGCCCUGCCUCCCACGUAAUGAAUGAUUCUGCGGUAGAGAUUUUUUUCUUAAGCCUGAUUUUUCAAAGUCGUAAUGUUAGGGCUUUGUGUAUUGAUUUUUGUCAGAGAGAAAAUGAAGAGCCUUAUAAUAAUCCAACACUUUCUUUGAAAAUAAUUUAUUCAAAACGAGUUAGCAAUGAGUCGUAUCUAUUUCUUAAUUGCCUUUUGUUCGCUGAUCAUUGGAUGUGAGACUUGAUACUCAUAUAAAAAAUUUCUAAGUAUUUAAAUAGUUAUUCCUAUUUGAAAGAACUAUAGGUAUAAAAAUCAUCUUUCAUUUUUGACUCUUUGAAUACUUUUAAAUGUUCGUAAAUGUGUUACUAUUAGUAGAAAAAGAAAUGGAUUCUCGCUCAAGAAUUAUAUACAAUUCUUUUAUUUAUUUUCAAAAAUCUUUUCUUUAUACAAAAUCGGUUGCAAUUGCGUUGAUAUCAAUUCUAUAAUCUUUCGUCUAUAUUUAUUCAAGCUAAAGAUGCUAAUCAUUCUUGUUCAGUUGUAUUUCUAAUAUGCAUUUUGAUUCUUUAUAAUGAUGAAAAGCUUCUAUCGCAAUCACACACAUUAAUAGGUAUAGUCCAUAGUAGUGUUGGUCAACCAUGAUAUCUAGAAUAAUCUUUGCUCUGAAGGGAGACCGUCCAAAAUAAUAAAGAAAUUGAGUAUGUUACUUACACGAGUCCAUGUCGGAUAUGUAGGGCACGAUAUAUACCCAUCAAAACAACAAAAUAUAUUCACGAAACUGUUGAUCAACACUUGUAUAUUAACUAGAAAAUUGUAUUAAAUGUAUGUUGCUGAAUUAGAUAUUUUCAUUCUAGUCUAUGAAGUAAGCAGAAAAUAUUUGUAGUCGCAAUAAAUUUUUAUUGCGUCGCCAAACUUUUUUAGGGGACGCAAUUUCAGCUCCUUGUAGUGCUGGCGCGCCGCCCAUGAUUCUGUGACACUGUUCAAAAAUUGAUACAUAGGAAUAUUCAAGAGUAGCUGAAAACGGAUAAUACAGAAUCUGAAUACGGUGGAGAUAUAUAAUAUAUAAUGGAUCUACUUUAAUUUUCAUAGCAUGAUCAAUAAUUUUGAUUAAUUAUUAGAAUGCAUUCAGUGUAAAAAAAAAUUUCCUUAUCGUUUGAAAGAGUUAAGCAUAAGUUUCUUGUAGAUAUUUACUUUAAUUCAUGCGUAAAUUCUGUCGGCAGAAUUCUUAGAAUUUAUCAAUUGAUUAAUUUUUUGUUUUGUUUUUUUAUUCAGAUUACAGUUCUAAUUUCAUUUUUGAUAUCUACUCGUAAUGUCUAGUCUUAUGUAAAGUAUUAACUAUGAUUACUCAUUAUAUUUUCAAUUCUUAUCAUUAAAAAUUAUCAGUAGUUGAUUUCGAUGGAGAACUAAAAAUGAUGCUUUAAGUUUCUCAUUGUUGGCUCUUAAUACUUACGUUAGAGAAAUAAAUCGCUUUUGACUGAUAAUUUCAGCAAAAUAGAAGAGGCCUCAAACGAUAGUCCUUGGAUAUUUUUAUUUUAGUUCUUGUUUUGAAUUUUCGGACAUACAUAAGAAAGAACAAUACAAAUCAAACGAAACUAUGUAAUUAUUAUUUAUAAAUUAUUCUUAAAAAAUUUCCAGAACAUUUUCGAUUUCAAUUAUUCAUAAGUUUUUUUUUUAUUAAUUUGAAAAAUAAAAUCUUAAAAUCGAAUUUAACAUUUAAGAGCAAUUAGUAUGUAUGAGGAGUAGAACUUACUUCUUUCAAUAUCAUAUUUCCAGUUGUUGAGUAAAAUUUUGUUUGAAAAGUAGAAUAUCCUUAGUUUUAAGAAUUGAUUUAAGCUAUAAUUAUGAAAUAUUAUUAAGUUGUUUUACAAUAAAUAAUGUUUAAAUUUUGUAAUAUUUGAAAAGAAUAUUGCAUUUUGAUUGAUAAUAUAUCGUUGCAAGAAGCGAGUUACAUUCUGAAAAAUAUAAGCAUUUUUAAGUUCUAUUUUGUAGCUGCAAUUUCAAAAGGUAUGAUAAUUGUCACUAGUUUAAGCGAAAAAUAUUUCGAAAAUAUAAUUAAGAUAAUUUAUUUUAAAAUAAUGAUAAUACAUCUUGUUUCAUUUUUGAAUUUCAAAAGCAAGAUUUUUCUAAUAAUCUUAUUUUCAAUUAUCAUUGAAUAACUAUAAAUACAUUAAACAUAUCUUUUCGUUGAAAUAAAAGUUUUUAUACAAAAGAAAAGAAGUAAAAAUCCAUGUUCGAUAAAUGAUUUACAUCUGAGUAUUGUAAGUUACUCUUAGAUUUAUUGAAAUCAUAGUUUGGAUAUUUUUAAUGAGUUGUUCUUGAAGAAAGACUCUGAGAAAACAAGAAACAAAAAGUGUUCUAAACUUCUUUAUUCAACUUUAAAUAAGAGAUGAUUUCGAUUUCUACGAAAGAUAUUAGUCUACUAAAAAUGAAAGAUUUAUUUCGUUUAUUGAUCUUCAAAAUCGAAAUUUGAAUAAUUCAAAAAUAAAUAUUUUUAUAUUUAAGUGCACAUAUGCUUUUUUCUGUUUUAUUAAAUAAUAGUUAUGAAAUAUUAUUAAUCGAUCGGCAAAGUUCAAUGAACAUUGAUUCUAAUCAAGCAUAUAAUGGAUCAUUAUCAACGGCAUCAAAGUUUAUUCUUAAUGAAUUAAAUAACGGAAAUAGAUAUAUUCAAUGUUUACCAAUUGAUGAUUGUAUUUCAUUUAUGAAAAUGAUCAUUUUAGAAAUAGUUCCACAAACAUUCAAGAAUGAGAUUUUAUUAGAAGUAAAACAAGGAUGUUACUCUGGUAUUAUCAAUGUUUUUGAAACAAUAAAAAAGACUUAUGCAAAUAAAUCACCAAUUAUACUAAAAGUAAUAAAAUUUUUAGAAGAAAAUCGAUCAAAAUUAAAUGGUCAAAUAUUAAAUAAAUAUAUUGAUGAAUGUAUUAAACAAAGUGAUUGUUUAUGUCGAUUAGAAAAUCAACAAUCAGAUAUUGAUUUUUUUGAUCAUUUAGAAAAAGAUUUAUUUUCAUCUUAA